CCUAGUUCGCUCGGUUCGGCUCUCGAGGAGCAAGCAAAAGAGAGAAGCGUCGUCCGUCGUAUUCAAUCUCUGAACAUCUUCAAUUUUUUUUUUUGAGAAAGUAUUGCUAAGAUGGCUGCUCCCAGUCCAAUUCCCGCCGGCAUUUCUAAGGAACAGGCGUUUAGCAUGGCACAAACGGAGAUGGAAUAUCGAGUUGAACUCUUCAACAAGCUUGCUCAAACAUGCUUUGUUAAAUGUGUGGAUAAAAGGUACAAGGAAAAUGAGUUAAACAUGGGUGAGAACAGUUGCAUUGACCGUUGUGUUUCCAAGUACUGGCAGGUAAAUGGAAUGGUCGGACAGCUCUUAAGUGCUGGCAAGCCUCCUCCACAGUAAGCCCCGUUUAGAGGCAAAGUCAUAGGACCAAAAAGCUCACGGAGAGACAAAAACUCUCUCUUUCUUUCCAAAGUUUUAAGGCAAUCUUAUUGUUUCUGUUGUCUUGCAUUACAUUUUUGGCGCUUAUUUGGACAAAUUAUGCAAUUCUCUGAGACUUUAUUGAUAAGAGAUGAAAUGAAAUAACCAGAUAAAAAUCAACAAAACAUCUAUUUAUGAUUUGUAUAAUUUAUAUGAAAGAGAAACGUCUACGCUAUUGCACUAUUA